UAGAAUAUUAUUUUUUAUAUUGCCCCUGUUCUAUAGUUAUGGAUCCCGACACAGAUUCAGAUGAAUCUACCGGUCCAUCAGUCGACGACCAAGAACACAAACAGUCGGGAACCAGACGCAUUUCUCCUUUUAUCCACAAAACCGGUUCGGCUUACAGCGAUUCAUUGGGUCCAGAAACAAGACAUGAACGAUCCUUGGGCAACGACAAAAUGUCUCGAGGUGUCUUUGGCGGACAGUCCUACAGGAAUAACUUAACGUGGACUCGAUCAAGUAAUCAAAGCGCUGCUCCGGCUGCUGGCUCCUGGAGGAACAUCAACAGGGAAGCAAGUGAAGGUGCUCGGCCCAAGGAAAGCAAUACGUCUUGGAGGAGAAACAAUUUAGAGAAAGAAGGAGACUCGAAGACUCAAAUAGAACGUCAGGAAACGACAAACUGGCGACGUGGUAGAGCAGAGCGUCAGGGAGAAAGGACAACGGAACAGCUAAGGGACACUUCUACGAUUAAUAGUCGUGACUUCUUCAGACGGCCAGGUAAACCGAUGAACAGCAGUUCCAGUGGUGCAACAACCUCGAGCCCGAACAGUCCUCCAACCCCUGUAGAAGAAACUAAAUGGCGUCGGGGACAGAGCGACUUUUGUUCUGGUUCAGGGACAUACACAGGUCAAGUUCAAGUAAAGCAGACUCCCAAGGCGCCCUCAAUGUCAGAGGAAGAACUCAAGACACUGCUGACGGCCAGUCCACAAGAAGUUCUCUCCAAGCUUCUGAGCAGAAAACACGAAUGGUUGGCACUUUUAAAUCUAGACUCAUUCAAUAGUAAUAUAAUGACGUUAAUACUCCGUGUUUUGUCGUGUAUUUGUGAUUUAAGUGUAGAUCCAAAAGUAAAGCAAGAUGUUUAUAUGGUAUUCAGUAUGAUAGAGUCUGAAGGGUUUCUCAGUAGACAUUUGACGAGAUACUUAGUAGGUUUGUCCACACAAAACCAACGGGAUCAUGACAGUGGACAUGGUGCAACCCUUGCAAACAACAUCAGAUUGAUUUUUAAAUUGCUGAAAGUAUUCCUUGAACACAAGCCAAUUAUUUAUGGUGAAAUGGGCGUGGUUCUGAUUCUUCUCGAGAAGGCUGUUUCCCUGGUAGAUUGUACUGACAUCGAUCACGAAGGUCAGAAUUACAUGAUCCAGGUACAGAAACUGAAGAAGUGCUAUCAUUCUGUCGCCGAGUCAGGUCAAACAAAACAAAAAAUAGAGAACAAGCCACAAGUUAACUUCAGAGAUAUCAAAAUAUUCCCUACCAGCUCAGAGAUUUGGGAACCAACAAAGCCAUUCUUACGAAAGAACAUCAUAAAGGGAAGAUAUCAAGAUGUCGAGCAUUAUCUUGAUGUGCAGUUCAGGUUGCUGAGAGAAGACUUUGUGGCACCGCUACGAGAAGGUAUCAUAGAGUUUCUCUCUGUGGCAAACAGUCACCAUCAAGAUAUUCGGGUGUACCGCAAUGUCACCUUUCAAAGUAAGAAGAUGGGGAGACGUAGUCUUCAGUACACCCUGAAGUUAGAUGUCAAGAGUCUCAGACGGAUCAACUGGGAAAACCGUUUGAUAUACGGUUCAUUUGUCUGUCUUUCAAAAGACAACUUCAAGAGCUUGUUAUGUGCGUUUGUGGCAGAUAGGAAUACGGAGAACUUGGAAAAAGGUCUCGUUGAUGUUUGUUUUCUUCCCGAGUCUAGUAACGCGCCUACCGGUACCUUUGUCAUGGUUGAAUCAGUUUCUUUCUUUGAACCCUAUCGACACGUCUUACUAGGGCUACAACGGAUGGAUAGUGACAACUUCCCUUUUGAAAGGUAUAUUGUGAACGUUUCAUCUAAUGUUAGAACACCUAAGUAUCUGAGCGAAGACUGCUCUGAUGUGUAUGACCUACGACCAUUGGUUGUUGAAACUGAUCAGGUCUUUCAAGAUGAGGGUCUGACUGAAACCUUUGAAAAUGCAGCCUUCGUGUCGAUUUUAGAUCCACAAAGUUGGCCGACUGCAGAGGCCUUACAUCUUGAUGAGUCACAGAAGGCAGCUGUGCAGGCAGCGUUGACGAAGGAGUUUGCCAUCAUCCAAGGUCCACCAGGAACGGGGAAGACUUACAUUGGUCUCAAGAUCAUCGAAUUACUUCUCUUCAAUACACCUAAAACUCCAGAUGCAUCUCCAAUUCUUGUGGUGUGCUAUACAAACCACGCGCUGGAUCAGUUUCUGGAGGGAGUUUUAAAUUUUGGUGAGGAGAACCUAGUUCGUGUUGGAGGCCGAAGCAAAAGUGAUGCAUUGGGAGAAAAGAAUCUCAAAGAAAAAAAGAAACUUCCCAGGGAGUUUAGGUUGAAGCAAAUACAGCGUGAAAAAAAUGCUAAAAAAAAACUGCAUCGAACAAAAUUGGAAAUUCAAUCUACACUUUCAGAUGUAGCUUGUGCAAAAACGGCCAUACUUAAAGUCGAGACGCUUAUCUAUUACAUGAGCGACAAAAAUCGAACAGGUUUUCAAAAUAAUAUCAAGAGACAAGGAGAACCAACAACCAACCUCCUGAAAUGGCUGAACGUAGUUGACUCGACAGAUUCUUAUGAAGUAUACGAUAAGUCCAUUGGCGUAGAUGAUGACAGCAAACAGAAACAGGAUGAUGAUGAUGAAGAUGAAUCAAGUAGUUCUGACGAUGAAGAAGAAAUUACAGCAUACAGCAUUGAGUGUGAGAAACGCUGUGGUAUGAAUUUGGAUACCACCCCAAAAGAAGAACUUAAGAAGGACGACAUGAUGUCCGAUAGAGAAGCUUCUAGAGUCACAAAUGUAUGGAGUCUGACGUUAAGCGAUCGUUGGCGGCUUUACAGACUCUGGGUUAAGAAGUACAUUGAAGAGCAAGAGGAGAUGCUGACGGGUUACCGCAUAAGUUAUGACAGCCUUUCAAAUGAAUAUGAAGCUAUAAAGGCGAGCGUCGAUUUAGAAGUUCUCUCAAAAGCAAGAGUGAUUGGAAUGACUACAACAGGUGCGGCCAGAUGUCAGUCGAUGUUAAAGCUUCUUGGUCCUCGUAUUGUGAUAGUGGAAGAGGCCGCUGAAGUUCUUGAAGCUCAUAUCAUCACCGCUCUGACUGCAAAAUGUCAGCAUCUCAUUCUGAUUGGAGAUCAUCAGCAUCUGAAACCAAACCCAACAGUCUAUCGCCUGGCCAAGGGCUUCAACUUGGAUACUUCUUUGUUUGAACGAAUGGUCAACAACGGCGUGCCUUGUCAAACAUUGAACCACCAGCAUCGUAUGCGUCCUGAAAUCUCAAAACUCAUGAAGAAACAUUUUUAUAACAAUCUUUAUGACGAUGAAUCAGUGAAGGGUUUCGAUGACAUCAAAGGGGUGGCGCAUAACAUGUUUUUCAUUGAUCACAAUCAGUUUGAAGAUGAGGGUGAUGACAACAAAACCAAGUCCAAUCAGCAUGAAGCGGAGGUUCUUGUCGAGUUGUGUAGGUACUUGUUACAUCAAGGAUACCGGCCCAAACAGAUUACCAUUCUAACCACCUACUUGGGUCAACUCUUCACCUUCAAGAAACUCAUGGAUAAAGAGACCUUUGAGGGAGUUCGGGUGUCUGUGGUUGACAAUUUCCAGGGAGAAGAAAAUGACAUCAUACUUUUGUCUUUGGUUCGAAGCAACGAAGAGGGCUCCAUCGGGUUCCUGAAGACUUCAAACCGUGUCUGUGUUGCCUUGUCUAGAGCUCGCAUGGGUUUCUACUGUAUUGGCAACGCCAACAUCCUGAGAAAGUCUUCUAUCUGGAGUAGCAUACUAAGAACCCUUGAAGAUGAGAAGAAAAUUAGCUCCUCGCUUGCAUUGGUUUGUCAAAACCAUUUAGUAGUAACAGCGGUAGCGUCGGCCAGAGAUUUCAAGGAGAAGGUUCAAGACGGAGGUUGUGGCGAGCCAUGUGGAAACAGGCUUCCAUGUAAUCACAUAUGCAAAUUACACUGCCAUCCCUUUGAUUUAUGCCACGAAAAGUACGAAUGUAAAGAGCCCUGCUCAAAAAUGUGUAGAAGGAAACACAUGUGUCCUCUAAAAUGCCACUUGAAAUGCGAACCGUGCUCGAGAAAUCUACAGAAACUGAUGCCAAAGUGUGGUCAUGUUAUUCAGGUUGAAUGUGAAAUGUUUGAUUCAGUUACUUGUACCGAACCAUGUCCUAGAUCAUUGCCAUGUGGCCAUCCAUGUAGGAAGGCGUGCGGAGAUUCGUGUUCUACUUGUAUUGUCAAGGUUUCUAUAUCGAUGCCAGAGUGUGGUCAUGUUAUCCAGGUUCAAUGUCGUUGGUAUGAGUCAAUCACUUGUACAGAACCAUGUCCUAGAACACUGUCAUGUGGACAUGCAUGUAAAGGGGCGUGUGGUGCUAAAUGCACUACUUACUGUACUGUCAAGGUCUCUAAACACGUUACCAAGUGUGGCCAUGACGUCCUGAUGGAUUGUGCUAAGAACCCCGACUCCACGCCGCGUCAUCUAUGUGAAAAGUUGUUGGAAUGUGGCCAUCGUUGCUCUCGGUACUGCGGUAUGUCCUGUACAAGGGAAAGAUUAGAUGACGCCAAGAUUAUGCGGCAUUAUGAAGCAUUUUGCAAAGAGAAGUGUGAGCGGUCAUUACCUUGCGGCAAUCCCUGUCCUAAUAAAUGUGGCGAACCGUGCCCAAAGGAAACAGUGGACCCAACCUAUGGUGAAUACAUACAGCUUCACUAA